GUCUGUCAAUCCAUAAAUUAAUUUGCUCUCCCCCAUGAUUCUCAACUACAAUGGGGGAGCCAAGCACGAUGAAAACAAUUUCAUGGAUAUUAGUUUUGCAGUGUGCAUUGAUCGUAACGACACUGCAACACGAAUAUUGUUCAGCCGCUUGCCCGCCGCCACCAGUCCAAUGCGCAGCAAAAGCACGGAGCUGCUAUCUGACUAAUUACCGUGGAGAAUGGGAGGAUCAAAAUCCCUGUAAGGCUGCCACGGCGUUUUUCCCGAAGAACGAGUCUGAGCUUAUCCACGCAGUUGCAUAUGCGGUGAAGGAGGAGAAGAAAAUUAAAGUCAUAACCGGAGGAGCCCACUCGCUAAACCGAUUUGCGUGCCCCGGUGGAAACUCCGGCGUUGUUAUCAGCACGAGGGACUAUAAUUCCCGAAUCGAGAUCGACGUGAAAUCUAUGACUGUUACAGUUGACGCAGGGGUUGGGUUGAGAAAACUCCUGGAUACGCUUGCAGCAAAGGAGCUUGCUUUGCCUCAAUCGACCGAAUGGGAUGGCUUGUCCCUGGCCGGAGUCAUUAGCACGGCGGCUCAUGGGAGCGGUUUGACGGGAAAAGGCGGCGGAAUCCAUGACCAUGUGGUGGGCAUGAGCAUUGUGGUUCCUGUGCCUGCAGAACAGGGCUACGCAAAGCUUAUUCAUUUGACAGAGAAAGACGAGGAAAUCAAAGCCGCAAGGGUUUCACUUGGAGUACUGGGAGCCAUUUCUCAGGUGACGUUUGCUGUGGAGAAGAUGUUCAAGCGGUCGAUCAGCCUGAAGUUAAAAGCUGAUUCAGAUCUGGAAAGUAAAUUUGUAAAGUUUGCUGAAUCGCAUGAGUUUGGUGAAAUACGUUGGUACCCAUCACUCUCUCGAGUGCUUUACUUCAUACAGGACAGAGUUUCAGUUGACGCCAAGGGAAAAGGAAAGCGAUCCGAGAUCCCUUUCAGACCGGCGACUGUACAGAGCGUCGUACAAAACAGGGUAACUGAGGAACUGAACAAUGCGAAGAUAAAUGCGAGCAAUUUCUGCAAAUCAGUGAAGACGCAGGUCGAGCAAGGCAUGAAAACGGGGAAUGGGUAUCUGAACGAUGGAGUAUCUUUCAAGGGCUUUCCUGUUGUAGGUUAUAAUCACCUGAUGCAAAGUUCUUCCGGUUGCCAGAUCGAUCCUCGCAGUGGGGAGCAGGAUACGUGUCCGUGGAAAGGAAAGGAUUUGAAAAGCAACGAUACUAUAUGCUCUUGGGAUACGCAAGUGAAGGGCUCCUUUUUUUAUCAUACUUCCAUUGCAAUUCCUAUGUCGAGGAUAGUGGAAGCCAUUAAAGAUCUGAAGCAGCUUCGUGACAUUAAUCCAACUGCAUUCUGCACAAUGGAUUCCUCUCUGGGAAUACAAUUUCGUUACUUUAAGAAGUCUGCCGAUUACUUGUCCCACAAGGAAGACAGCGUUGUAUUUGAGUUUAUGUACAUGCAUUACCGUGAGAUCGGGAAACCGCGGUGGAACGGGCAUGUAAUGGAUGAGAUUGAACAGAUGCUUUUGCAGAAGUAUGGAGGAGUGCCGCACUGGGGAAAGAAUCGGGUGUAUACUUUUGAUGGAGCAGCCAAACGAACUGUGAAUCUGGGAAAGUUUCUGAAAGUGAAGGAGCUGUUUGAUCCGAAGGGAUAUUUCUCUAGCGAGUGGUCAGAUGGGGUUCUGGGAGUUGGGAAAGCUGUAGAAAUAUGGGGAGAUGGAUGCGCUUUGGAUGGGCUGUGUGUUUUGCAAAGAAGAUCGUCAUUGCGCUCCGGACAAAGGAUUCGUGUGCCGAGCCGGGAAAGUUUGGAAGAAUGCUCGUGUCUGCAUAGAAGCGUGAUGUUGACAAAAUUCCCUGUCAUGAAUUUUUAAAAAUAAAAUGGCUCCUGGGCUCUAGUCACUAAAUAAACUAUCGUAAGGCAUCUCGAGAUGUAAGGAGGAUGUCGGCUUUUGAUUUUUUAAUGGUGUAAUUGAAGUUAUGACGAGACCUGCUUUCUUCUAAGUGUAAUAAAAUAUAUUGUAAGUAAAGCAGGUGGGAGAAGUUUUGGUUUAUCUAGUUUUAAUAUUUCGUAAUAAGUCAGGGAGAAGAUGUGAUUUGCGUGUAUAUAUAUAUAUAUAAGGAUAGGGUGUGAGUUUUUUAUUUAGUAGGUGAGAGCAAAUAUAAUCAACUAAGAAUGAUUAGUAGGGAUGACACGUUUAGUUUCUUAUUCAUUUUGGAUGGGUCCCACUUUUCAUUUAUCUUUUCUGACGUUUAGACGAUUCACUUUGGGUCAUAGUCUAUAUGUAACAUGCC